AGUACUCCAUAUCCCUUGUGUAUCCCAACCUCCUCCUGCGGCUUCUCCUCGUCCUUCCGCCGCUGCCUCCUCCUACUCCUCUUUAAUCCCUUAUUCCCCACCCGAAUCCGCCUGGCGUCAGGCCUUUCUCUCGCUGUUUUUGUCUCCGUUGCUUUCUUCCCUCUCCUCUGUUUCACUAUUUCUCUCUCCCUCCUGUGAUGCUGAAAUCGGUUGAUCUAUAGCAUAUAUUUGAUCAUUGGUUGUGACGAAAAUAUUCUGUCAGAGAUAUGAAUCAAAGGAACCAGCCAUGAUGGGAACCCAGACAAACCAAAACCAAUUACCAGGCAGCUGUGUUUUUGUGACCGACAAAUAAACGCAGAAAAACCCCCCGUUAGCAGAAUCACAGGACCGAUUCAGAGUUCAUUUCUUUCGCAACACAUCCUACCACUUGGCAAGAUAAUCGUAGGAGAAGAUUUCAAUCAUUAUGAUGCCCAAAAUCUCCAUUGUCCUCCUCCGACUUCUCUCAGGCACCUGUGCAGCCACUCUUGUCAGAUUCCUCAUCCUUGGCUCUAUCUUUUUUGUGGGUCCUACUUCUGCUCGUAAACCUCACAUCGUCAAUUUCCAAUCACAUAAUCUUUUCCCUGAGUCAUUCAAGUGGGACCCGAGAGCCCAACACUUCAUAGUCGGAUCCCUCCGCCACCCAACCCUCCUCUCAGUAUCUGAUGCUGGCGUGGCUGAAACCAUCAUCUCAGAUUCUUUCCUCCCUCCUAACUCCUCCUUUGUGGGCCUCUCUCUUGACCGCCAGCGCUACCGCAUCCUCGUUUGUGUCCACCGCCCCUCCUCCCCUGCCUACAAUGCCCUCGCUGCCUACGACCUCUCUUCUGGCCGCCGCCUCUUCCUAACCCCUCUCCUCAGCGAUCCAGACGUGAAAUCUGACUCAGAUGAAUCCUCCGACGUUGCAAAUGACGUUGCCGUUGAUUUCUCUGGGAAUGCUUAUGUCACCAACUCUGGGGCUGACAUCAUUUGGAAAGUCAAUGUCGACGGGGAAGCUUCCGUGUUUUCGCGGUCUAAUGUCUUCAAAUCUUAUCCAGUGGACCUUACCACAUCCUAUCACAAGUGUGGUUUAAAUGGUGUGGUUUUCAACUCGAAGGGGUAUUUAUUAGUGGUUCAAUCAAAUAGUGGUAAAUUGUAUAAAGUUGACAUUGACGACGGAAGUGCAUGGAGGGUGAUUUUGAACAAGGACUUAAUGGGAGGUGAUGGACUUGCAGUUAGAAGUGACGGGGUUUUGUUGGUGGUUAGUCAAGAGAAGCUGUACUUUGUCAAGAGUGAAGAUAGUUGGGGUGAAGGAGUACUGUUUGAUGAAACUGGCCUUGAGGUUGAGAAGCAGGCCAGUGCAGUUACAGUGGGAGAGGAGGAUAGGGUAUAUGUGUUAUAUGGGCAUGUUAAUGAUGGUUUGAUGGGAAGUGUGGAGAGGGAUGAGUUUAGUAUAGUGGAGGUUGAGUCAGAAAAGGAAAGUAAAGAAGAGAAAAUUUGGUUGUAUGUGCUGAUCGGUUUGGGAUUGGCUUAUUUCAUGUUUUGGAGAUUCCAAAUGAAACAGCUUGUCCAAAACAUGAACAAGAAAACCAAUUGAAUUUUGUGGUUUUCUAACACACCCCCGCUUUCUCUUUCUGGUGGUUGUGACUAAUGUGAUUUCUGAAUUUUGUAAAACUAUGCAAUUUUGAAUGGGCAGACGAAUACCACGGUUUUCAUCACACUGACGCAGCAACCAUUAUUCUUACUUCAGACAGAGAAAAAACAAGAUUUGAUAUUUAAUCUUAGGUGAUUUCAAGGCAUUGUAUAAAAAGCUGUAGAAGUUUUGUUGAUAUGGCUAUUUCUGAUCCUUUUCCCUAUUUCCUCUUACCUUAGUUCUCCACUAUCGGCAAAUGGCAUCAGACAGAAGUUUUGCCAUUGUCAAAUAUGACCUACCAGCUUGCAUAUAAUUGUUUUCUGGCUUGUUGGUAGUUAUUUCUUAUGAAGCAUGUCUUGCCUGUUGCUUUA